AUGACGAGGCCACGGGGCUUAUCCGCCGCGAGCGAGGAGAGCACCGGCACGGCUGGCGAACAAUCUUGUGAGCAGGAGCUUGGAAGCAUGUAUGAUUACCUCGCCAAGAUCGUAUUGCUCGGACCCAGCGGAACGGGAAAAUCCUGUCUCCUCCACCGUUUCGUCAAGUCCGAGUGGCGCAUUCUCUCGUCGCAAACCAUAGGAGUCGAGUUCGCCAGCAAGAUCAUCAAGGUCGGCACGGGUGCAAGGCGGAAGCGCAUCAAGCUUCAACUCUGGGACACGGCCGGCACGGAGCGCUUUCGGUCCGUCUCGCGAUCCUACUACCGCGGCGCCGCCGGCGCCGUCCUGGUCUACGAUCUUACCAACCACAGCACGUUCCGGGCGCUGCAGCCGUUCCUCAAUGACGCCAACGCCCUCGCGAGCCCCAACCUCAGCACUAUUCUCGUCGGCAACAAGCUCGACCUCAGCGGCGACGAAGACAGUCUGAUUGACUUUGGGCCCCCGCCCACGCCCGGUGGUAGCAUGAGCAGCGCAACAGGUCCGUACGGCACGAGUUUCCAGAGCACGGCGACGAAUCCAGGACUCGGUGCAAUGCAACGAGCGACGGAGGCGCCCGAGGGUCGUGAGGUCAGCAGUGCAGAUGCGACUCGCUGGGCGAGUCGUGUCAACGUACCAGUGGCCAUGGAGGUGUCGGCGUUUACCGGAGAGGGUGUCGACGAGGUGUUUGCAAGACUGGCGAGGACGAUCCUCACCAAAAUUGAGCUGGGAGAGAUAGAUCCGGACGACCCGAUGAGCGGUAUCCAGUACGGCGACGGCGGCAUGUGGACAGCGGGCGCCAGCGACGGCGGCAGUAUCAAGAGCGGUCUCACUGUUGACGAUACAGACUAUGGAGGCGUCAGAAGGAGAAAGAAGGGUAAGGGCAGGGGCACCGUGGCAUUAAGAGAGUGGGAAGAGGUCUUCUCGCUGGGCGGUCGGAGGCGCGGUUGCUGUUAA